AUGGAGCUGGAGUUCCCUGACCCGAACGACCUGAUGCACUUUCGAUUGAAGCUGUACGCAGAUGAAGGCCUCUAUAAGGGCGGCAAGUUCAGUUUCAGCUUCUCAAUCAAUCAAAACUACCCCAUUGAGCCGCCCAAAGUUAGAUGUGAGCAAAAAAUUUAUCAUCCCAAUGUGGAUCUGGUGGGAAAUGUGUGUCUCAACAUCCUCCGUGAAGACUGGAAGCCUGUCUUGAGUCUCGAUCAGGUCACGGUCGGCAUCCAGUUUUUGUUUCUUGAGCCUAAUCAAAACGAUCCUCUGAAUAAGGCUGCGGCUCGGAGCCUGCAACAGCAUCCGGCAGUUUUCGCCCAAGAAGUUCAGAGGUCAAUGCGGGGUCAGGUAGUCGGCGGAGAGGUCUUCGACAAGGUUGUUUGA